UGAAAGUGUUUAAAUAGGAUAACUGAACCAUUUAACCUGUUCCGAACAAACAAGAAAGAGUUGGGAAUUGUUCUGCAAAUGUGGUUGUUUAAUAGGAAAGGACCAUCUGGUUUCUCAGCGUCUUCUACAGCUGAAGAAGUUACUCAAGGAAUUGAUGGCUCUGCCCUCACCGCCAUAGUCACAGGGGCAUCAAGCGGAAUUGGCACUGAAACAGCACGAGUUCUUUCACUGCGUGGUGUCCAUGUAGUUAUGGGGGUCAAGAACAUGAGCGCUGGUAGGGAAGUUAAAGAAACUAUAGCUAAGAGAAACCCCGAUGCGAAAAUUGAUGCAAUGGAAUUAGAUUUGAGUUCAACGGCAUCAGUGAGGAAAUUUGCUGCAGAUUUCAUAUCCUCUGGUCUUCCGCUCAACAUCCUCGUUAACAAUGCAGGAAUCAUGGCUACACCAUUCAUGAUUUCCAAAGAUGGCAUAGAACUACAAUUCGCAACGAACCACGUUGGACACUUCCUCCUAACAAAUCUACUGCUGGAAACCAUGAAGAAGACAGCACUUGGAAGUAAGACAGAAGGAAGAAUUGUAAAUGUAUCAUCCCGUCGUCACAAAUUCUCAUAUCGAGAAGGGAUUCGAUUCGACAAAAUCAAUGAUCGAUCAGGGGACAACAGCUUAUCUGAUUAUGGUCAGUCAAAGCUUGCUAAUGUCUUGCAUGCUAACGAACGUGCUACACGUUUAAAGGAAGAUGAAGUGGCCAUAACUGCAAAUUCUCUUCACCCGGGAGCCAUUGCGACUAACCUCUUUCGACAUAACAGCCUUAUCAGGGGUCUUGUUGGUGUUCUUGGUAAAUAUAUCGUCAAAAAUGUGGAGCAGGGGGCAGCAGCCACAUGCUAUGUCUCAUUGCAUCCACAGGUUAAGGGAAAGAGUGGACUCUAUUUUGCAGACUGUAAUGUUGCUGAAACUAGCUCACAAGCUAAUGACAAUGAGUUGGCGACGAAACUGUGGGAUUUCACCUUCAGUCUCGUCAACAGCUGUCCUCACACGUCAUAGACAUCAACAAAAUAUAUGUAUUUUAUGAUAAGGGCAGAACUUCAAACUCAAGACUUGCACAGUUGGUUGGAUUUUUUUUUGAUAGAUUAUUAAA